AUGUACAAAUAUUUCUUUAUUCGUUCGCUCUUUCAAUUUUCCAUUAUUGAUAAAAUUUGCUUUUUCAAAUUGUUUCAUUUUCUUCAAUUUCACCCCCUCUUAUUUUGGCGCCCUUUUCUCUCUUUUUCUCCCUACAAUUUAGUAUUUACUGACUUUGUUAUUUUUUUCUUUUCCUCUCACUACAAUUUCUUUAUUUACAUCGCCUUUCUCAAACACCUUUCUUUUCUUAUAUUCACUUAUAGCACCCUUCUAAAAUUCUUUUUUUCUCGUUCUGGCUUUACCUACAAUUUAUUUAUUGAUAAAAGCUUUCUAAAUGUAUGUCCUUCCUUCUUUUUUUCUUUCUUUCUUUUCUUUCUUUCUUUCCUCACACUUAAUUUAUUUCUAUCACCUCUUCCCUUUUCUUUAUUACUUUUUUCCUUGACGUCUUCUUUCUUUCAUCUUUUCGUACUCUGA